AUGCUUUGGGCUAUUACACUUCUUCUUGCUCUGGCUUCAUGCCUGACAGCCUCCGAGCCUUUGCCGCAAGCACAAUCUCGAUCAUGUUUGGGCUCCCUCUGUUUUGGCAAGUCCAAGACUAAGCCUAUCGACGUCACUAUUCCAGAUCUCGAAAGCCUAAUCAACAAAGAUGUUUAUGAAGGCGACGAAAAAAUCCCGCUUUACACGGAAAUUCCUUUGGUCACUUGGAAAGGAUCGACUCGUAAACGCCACCUGCGCUACCGCGCCUGGAGAACGGAAACUGUAACAGAGGAUCUCGACGACAAACAAAAACUUGAAUUUAUGGUCUACCUUGAACUCCAGGUUGCCAGUCGGGACAAUCUUUGGAUCCACUUCAAUGCAUCGUAUCCAACGUCAAAAGCGGAACCGGGUGUGAACGCUCGCAGGGGCUGGGCUCCUGGCAACCCUUCAUACAGCAGGCGGACCAUCUUCACCUUAAGACUUCCCACCAGAGCUGGUCAAAUUGACUACCAAUUUGAUGGAACGUGGUGGCGUGGUUCUUGA